GCCUUACUUUUGAUUAAACACUUACUAGAAUCAGACGACUUUUGUCACUCAAGGUUCCUUUUUCUGGUCCACUUCCUCAAUUCUAAGUAUCGUGCUUCACAGCUGGGCUGCUUUUCCACUUCAUUCUGUGUAAUAUUUGGUUCUUCCAUUACAUUUAGGUCUCUUUAAUCACAAUUACAUAACAAAGACCUGGUUAUUCUGGUGGGUUUGCUGUAGAUCACAGAGAUGAUUUAUGAAGUAGAUCUGCAAAGGACUCUGAUAGCACGUCCUGUAAGAAGUUCAGACGGAAAACUACUGGUUUCCGGGAGGUAUCUCUUAACAAAGGUGCUGCAGUUCUUGUUUCAAGAAAAGGCCAGCAAUGAGCACGGUGUCUUUCUUGCAGUAAAUAGCUUGAAGAACAUUGACAUAGGCCAAGUUUUGGAUAAAUCAGGCUAUACGUCCUUCACUGUAACAGUUCAAUGUCGCACUUUUAAGCCUGAAGUGGGUGAUGUUUUGCAAGGAUUCGUUCAUUACAUAUCUCAAGAAGGGGCGUUUUUGCAGACGGGGCCUGUGAGAUAUGGGUUUCUUCCAUUUAUGAAUAUGCCAGGAUACUCGUAUUUUCCUGCUGCUCAAGAGGAGCCGUUUUUCUCGAACGGCGAAACAAAUAAGAAGAUAAAGAUAGGAAGUGUGGUGCAGUUUGUGGUGGUUGGAGUGAGUUGGAUAGAGAAAACGGCUCAUGUCGAGAGGGAAUUUGCGCUGGUUGCUGGCAUAGAUCGUGAAGGGCUUGGACCAGUUUUCCUUCCUGGAACUGAUGAACUCGACCAGUGAAUCUUCUGCUUUGCAGCCUGAAGAACAUCUUUUUCUGUUUUGCUUUAUGUUGAAUUUGCUCAUGCUGAUAAUAAAACCCGAGUGAUGAGAGGCUGCUUACACUUUUCAAUAUAAACAUAAAUAAGUUUCUUCUUCCCAGUGAGAUGGAAUUGAAGGUAUAAUUAUUCAGAAUCUUGGUUUA